AUGUCACCUCUUCAUUUUGAGGAACUUGACCAAACUCGAACAAUUGUGUUUCAGUCCAAGGCCAUUUGUAUAGAGUACAUCUAUGCAAGACUGGCUGAAGAAGAGUUAAUCUUGCCAGUUACGGAAUAUGAACAUCUCAAGUCCAGUGGAACCCCUGAAGAAGUCUUCGCUGUGCUGCUGAAGUUGAGUGAUGAAAUGGAAAGCCUGUGCCCAUACAUGUACCGUGACAUAGCAAAGCAGAUGAACAUUCAGUUAGACGUGGAGAAUGUGGUGGCAGACGCAUUUUUCACUCUUGCAAUGGACAUAACAGCCUCAGGCGUGACGUGGGGUAAAGUGGUGGCCAUCUACGCACUGGCCGGGGCUCUGGCGGUGGACUGCGUCUACCAGGGUCAGACAGCCAUGAUCUACGCCAUCGUGGACAGCAUGGGAGUCUUCACCUACAAGUACCUGUCUCCAUGGCUCCUACACCGAGGCGGAUGGGGUGUACUAAAAUCCAGUGUUAGUUGGGGUUUGGGAGAGUUAGGAACAGAGAAGCAGCUGUGA